CAUACCACGGUUGAUUGCAAGAGGAUCCUGGAUGUUGUGAACGCAGAGUUACUUGAUAAAUAUUUUUGGACAAUGCAUAUCUCCGUAGUGGAGAGAUUUUAAACUAAAGAUCUACCGGCGUCGGACUUAGGAAACCUCGCCGUUCGUUCGUUCGGUCUGGCAACAAGACCUCUCAGAUCUUCCCUGUUCUGUUGACAUGGCGGUCGUCGAGGAAUUUGAUUAUUUGUGUCGUUUAUGCGCGACUAAGACUGGUAUUCUAAUGGGAUUACCGAUCUUCGAAGCCGGUGAUCAAAUGCGUAACAUUGACAAGAAAAUAGCCGCGUGUUUGCCAGUGCAGGUGUCUAUGACCGAUCAGUUGCCAAAAGUGGUCUGUGAGGAAUGUGCAUAUAAAUUGGAUCAAUUGUUUGAUUUUCGAGAGAAAUGCUUACAUACGGAAGGAAUGUUCAUGGAAAUGUUGAAGGCAAUUGCUAAAGAAGAGGUUGUUCACAUAACGAAGCAUGAUUUGGACGAAGUUGAAGAAAUGAAAAGAAUUCAAAGGGACAUAGAUAGAAUACAAAAUAAUAUGGACAACGUUCAAAAUCCUCGCGAGACAUCUGAGACUACUAUACACACGAUGCAAGUUAUGGAUGAAAUGGACUUGGCAGGUGGUGAACAGGUUGUUACGCAAGACGAAAUAGGACAACAGGAUACUAGUAUCGAGGUUACAGGUAUCGACUGUUUAGACGGUGAUACAGUUAGAAUGGUCAACGAGCACAUACGAGAAGUUUCCAAUCAUCAAAUAGCUGUACAUUUAGAAGGAGAUAUGACUGUAGUUGGAAAUUUAACGGUGAGCGAUCAUUUGGGUCAGUUAGGAAUAAACUAUGUGACUUCGAUAACUCCUGAAGAUCAAAAUCGAGAACAAAUAGUACAUUACUGUGAAAAUGUAAAAUUUGAGUCUGUACCGAUAAAAGAAGAAUAUCACAGACUGCAAGAAAGAUUAAAUGCAGAAGAAUCUACAAAUGUACUUGAAAACAAUACAUCGCACAGUGAUUUUCCUCCAACUCAUUCGGAAGCUGAUAGUGAUAUAGAAGAAACACGUGUUGUGGAGACUGAAACUUCUACACACUCGACUACUCAAACAGAGGAGACUUUAGCGUCUACGAGUCAAGUAACAACUGGAAAUUCAGAAAUAUUAGUAGAAUAUACAAAAGGUGCAAAGAAUUCAUUAUUAGAAUCUACAUUAAGUAAUCCAACAAUCGACGAAACAGGUUCUCAUUGGUAUGUGUGUCCAUUCUGUAAUGAAGCUAUUUUAGGUUCGAAUAAUAUGGUAGCACACUUCGAGCAGUAUUUUGUUUGCUGUUCGUGUGGUUUAAGUUAUACAAACAUAGAUGCGUUGAAUGUACAUAAAGAAAGUUGUGAUAUACAUAAAAGUAAAACACUCGUUAGCGAAGUACAAGACAAAGAAUCAGAAUUGUCAUUAUCUCAAAAUGGUGUGGACACGAAUGAACAAAAGAAACAAGCACCGGUAAGACAGAGAUGGACUCCAAAAGUUUGCACCCAUUGUGGGAAACAAUACAGAACAAACUAUAAACUGCAAGAACAUAUGCGAAAACAUACUGGUGAAAAACCUUUUCAGUGUGUGACUUGUGAGAAAGCAUUUAGAAGUAAGAUAGGACUUGCACAACACACAGCUACGCACACAGGGCAGUUCGAUUACAAUUGUUCUACAUGCGGCAAAGGUUUCCAGUCGAAAAGUUACCUUGUUCUUCACCAAAGAGUGCAUUCAGACUUGAAGCCGUUUCCAUGCAACACGUGUGGGCAACAUUUCAAAACGAAACAAUCUUUAUUGGAUCAUCAGAAUAGACAUCUCGGUGUGAAACCGUACGUGUGUGAAAUUUGUGGUAGAGGUUUCAUAACUAAAGGACUUUGUAAAAGUCAUCAGAAAAUACAUUCGGGAAUGGAUAACCGACAAUAUCCGUGUGUAGUAUGCAAUAAAAUGUUCGUUAGUAAAAGCUAUCUUAACACACACCUGCGCAUUCACACUGGAGAAAAACCAUACUUAUGCGAGGUUUGUGGGAAAGGUUUUUUAACACGAGUUGAUCUCAAAAUUCAUUCAACGAUGCAUACCGGGGAGAAAAGCUUUAAAUGUGAUAUGUGUGGAAAGGUGUUCGCUAGAAGGGCCGCAUUGCGAUGUCACAGAAGAUUGCACACAGGAGAACGACCGUACAGAUGCGAUAUCUGUGGAAAAACGUUCACGCAGUUUACUCCUAUGGCUAUUCAUAAAAGACUGCAUACCGGAGAACGACCGUACGAAUGCGACGCUUGCGGUAAAACGUUCGUAUCCAGAUCGACCAUGAUGUGCCACAAAAAAAAACAUCAUGCCACGCAACCUAUGAAAAAAGAAGAACCAGUUCCUCGUCAGAAUGAAGUGAAAAGUGUAUUACCAGCUGAAAUUGUGCUUCGAGAUUCCCAAGAAGGAAUUCAGAUUACAGCUGAUUGAAUUUUGAAAAUUCAACAACAAAACGAAAGAACUAACAAAUUCUGAAGUUGAUACAGACAACAUAUAAUAGGAAAGAAUAUAUUGAGUCUGCAUUUUAUAAGCGGCUUUAGUCACCAUAAUGUAUUCCUUUACUGUAGCAUAUAUGUUAAAAACUGUACGCAAAGAAUAUAUUUUCGAGAAUUCUUUGUAAGGGGUAAAAAUAUGUUUUCUAAAAAUUACACACAAACACGAGAAAAGGAGUGAAAUUGAACCAAUCGCUUAUAUUUCCUUUUUAUAUCGGUAAUAAAUAUUUUACCGAAUUAUCUUCGUCGAUACUUUUAAAUUAUCUACUUUUUGUAUUGUAUUACAACAGAUGUUUGCAGAUGAAUGGUUGCUGUUAAUUGAGCCACAAAAGUGUAUGCAUAUACAUAUGUAUGUGCGCAUAUGUAUAAAAUGUAUUUAUGCAUACAUACGUAUAUGUAUAUAGCUAUAACUAUGUAGUCAACUUAACCAAUCACGGUAUUACUCAUAAAACAACAUGAAUCAUAUUUAUUUAAAAACAAAAAUCAAUUAUGUUAACGUAUGAACAGAUCAAACACAGAAUAUAUAUUUACCCUUCGUAUUUUACGUUUAUAAUAAGAAAAACGAAAUAUUUUCUUAUUAAUAUUAGCAAAAUGUUAACGUAUUAUUUAAAUAAAUCAAAGGCUGAUAGCUACGGUUACUAUACAAGGAAUACUAUAAAAACAAAAAAGUGAUUAUAUCUCGUCAGUGGCGUUUCAGCGAUUCUCUUUCAAAUGGAACAGCUUUCAGCACUACACAAAGUAGAAAUUGUGAUAUAUUAUUAUUAUAAAUGAAAUGAUUACAUUAUUUGUAAAUUUGUGAUGA